GAUACUCCGUUACCAUUUUGGGAUUUGGGCUAGCAGUCAGCUAUCACCUUUAUCACCAUCUCAAAGUUUGUAAUGUUUGCAACAAUCUUUUACGCCUAGAAAAGGAUUAACGUUAGCGAUGGCUGAGGCAGUUGUUGAGGACCCACAUCGAUUUUUCUGCCACAAAUGCAGUCUUGAAAUUGCUAGUGUUUUACCGGAUUACACAUGCCCACGAUGUUGUUCAGGAUUUAUAGAAGCAUUAGAUGGAUCAUCUCCGGCUGUUGAUCAAGGAGAUGAAAGUGAAGAGGAUAUAGAUGUAAUGCAACCAUGGGAGAUCCUUAAUGAUGUUUUCCUGAUGGGUAUGAACGGAGACCCACUAGUUGACAAUCGGAGGACCACAAGAGGGCGUCGGGGCAGAGAGGGUGAACGGCGCCCGGGAAGAAAUAACAGAUCCCGACAUACCUUUGAAAAUCUAAUGCAUCUAUUUGUGAUGAAUUUAAAUGGUGAUUUGGGUGCCCAUGCUCAUAGUAAUUUAGCAGCGGGGCGUGCUGGUGGGUUUGGGCCUGAAAUGUUUGUUGGUAACCCUGGGGACUAUGCUUGGGGCCGAGAAGGCUUUGAUGCCAUUGUUACACAAUUGCUUAAUCAGAUUGAAUCAACUGGACCUCCACCUCUGACCAAGGAGAAAAUUUCAGAAAUACCUGUUGUCACUAUUUCUCAGGAGCAAGUUGAUAAAUCUCUUCAAUGCUCAGUUUGUUGGGAGAAUUUCAAAGUAGAUGAGCCUGUGCGUCAGCUGGUGUGCACCCAUGUUUACCAUGAAGGUUGUAUCAUCCCAUGGCUAGAAUUGCAUGGCACAUGUCCAGUUUGCCGAAAGCCCUUGAGCUCGGAAGCAGAACAGUCUUCAACAGAUGAUGGUGGGCGAAGAGAUCCACUAAGAAAUCUUGCAGCACAACUCAAUCCUUUAGAGGCAGCUGCAUCACAAAGCCGAGUCAACCAGAUGCGUCAAAUUAAUCGACAAAUGGAGGAACUAAGGUCCAGGUAUGGUAUAAGGUUAGGCACUCUUUCAAGUGGAAGUGGACUCACUUCUUCAGCAAUGCAGACUGAUCCCGCAGCUGCCAGUACAAGUUCAUCCAGUGAGACCUCCUCGGCCGAUACCAGCAGUCCGAGUACAGGAAGUAGCAGUAGCAAUAGCAAUGGUGGUCUUCAAGACAUGGAUGUGGAUUAGGUUAAUUUAUGUAAAUUUGUAACACCAUUGUGUCCCUCACAGAUUGUAACUUACUGUGUGUGGUUGUUUCAACUCUGUUUUCUUCUGCACUCUGCUGACUUUCAUUUGGCAUUUUCAGAUGGUAAAUUAUAGAAAGGGCUGUCCUGUUGCAUCCUCUUUCUUGUUGAUAAAGGGAAAUAAAUAACAUUAGGUUCUCUUUACUCUGCUGGUCAGAUUACAGUUUUGGUUUAAAUAUCCUCUCUAAACUCAACCUUCAGUUUCUAGGAAUAUUAAAUUCUACCCUGUCUUAGUGUUGUACUAAAUUAUUAUUUACAAGAGAGAAAAGAUACAAAUGAUUGAUGAAUGACAUCUAUUCAGGAUAAAUGUUAUUUCUUUUCUUUUUUCUUCUUUUCUUACUGAACCUUGCAGGAGUAUACUUUAUGGAUAAAAUGAAAAUGGGGAACUGAGGGAAGUAUGAUUUGUCCCAUAUGCAAAACAGUCUUCUGUAAAAGCGUUUCUGUUGUAAGCACAUGAUAAUUUGGAAAUUUUCCUUAAGUGCAGUUUCAUUGCGCAGUAAAGGGUAUUUACAUUGUGACUUCUGUCUGUGUUUUAUUUAUUUUGUGAUAAAUUGACAUUGCAAUUUCAAAUAUUGAUAGCUUGUCUGACAAAGUUAUCAAAAAUCACCUAUUGGUCACAACUUGUGUUAAGACAGUUAUGUCUUUCAUAGCACUACUUCAUAUUUUUGUGUUGUCACAAUAAUUUGCUUAUAAGAAGCUAUGAAAAACAUAUUUAAGAGGGUUAAAAUUUGCCAGAUGGUGGCCGGUUAUAUCUCAAAACCCCUGUUCUGAUAAAAAUUUUACAUUUAUUGUAUGCUUUUGAAUUUGGCGGGAAAGCUUGCGAGUUCUAUGUAUAGGUAUGUAUUUCCAUUCCAUUUGAAACUCCCUUUGCUGCAUUCUGUUAUUUAUUGCCUUACUACCACGGCUAUCACAGGGGUUAGUAUAUUGUAAUUUUUUUGCCACUAUUUUGUGGCCUAGCAAUAUUCUUUUAUGAGGUGCUGUUAACUGUCUUUGGAGGAAAAUACUGAUCACUGGUAUUCAUUUUCAAGUACCAUUUAGGAAUGGAUGGUGUUGGAUAAACUAAAGAAAUUUUCAUGCUGCAUAACACAUUUUUAAUCAUUGUAUCCUAUUAUUACUGGGUGAUAAAAUUAUUGCAAUAUACUUUUAGAAAGUACUGCAGACUGAGAUGAUUUGUAGGAUUGUAAGUACAAACAAUUGGUUUGUGAUAUGCAUGAGGACCUGAAUAUAAAAGCUAGAAAGUAAUUGUAAUAUUUGCUAAUAGCUAUAGGUAUCCUGUGUUUUAUCACAUCUGUAUUGUUUUAUUGUUUUUCCUUCUUUUGUUUUUGUUUGACACCACCUCAUAACAAAUGCCGGUACGUGUGGAGUCCCUAACAAUCACUUUAAAAAACCUAUUGCGAGUGAGUGGUAGGUUGUUCAAUGUUCCUGAUAGGCAUUUUUAGUCCUAGGAGAUAAUUUCAUUGCAGCAGCAUUUAUUCAAUGCAGGUUCUGUUAACUUUUUUUUCUAAAAUAUGAAACGCAUUCUGAAUUUUAAGGGUGAUUUUAAGUUGUGAUUAAAACUGUCUGCUAACAAA